AUGGCUUCUAUGUUUAUACUGUCUGCUCCCCCUGUAAAUCCUGUGGAUCACUUUGGGUUUAACCGAAACUGCAGUAUGGACUGGCUAGCAAUAUACGAUGGACCAUCUGGGAUAUCUCCGCUGCUGGGAAAAAUUUGCCUCCCUGGAAACUACACUUUCUAUUCUCAUACUAAUAUAAUGGGUGUCCAAUUCAGAAGUGAUGCUUUACCUCAAAUAGCUACAUGGUUCCGGGCAACAUUUACUUCAUUACCAAGACCAACUCAACCUCCAGGUCUCUGUGAGGAGUGGCAUACUCUCAUACCGGGUGAGUCGUCCUCCUGCCGUAUGGCUAGAAGUGCAGACUUGCUGUACUAUCCGCUGGGCAUUGUGGCUGAGACCUGGUCAGCUAAGAAGCCUACCAGAUGUGGGCACAAAGAGAGGCCUGAAAUGAUGCAGGUGAAGCCCGGACCCCAAAAGACAUUCCCAUUAGUGAAACUAAUACUGAUUGCUGGGCCUGAUGGGGUCCCUAGAGUUAACUGUGGGGAUAUUCUGACGAAAACUAGUGGCUUCAUUGUGUUUCCAAACAAUAAUCAAUCAGUAAAUGAUGCUAACUGUGUCUGGUUCAUCCGCGUUCAUGAGAAGUAUCAAAUUAGACUCUUCAUUAGAAGCAUAGAGAUUAAAAAUAACUCCUCUUGUGCGACUUCGUAUGUGUCUGUUUAUGAUGGUACUCCCCUUGGGUCUCCAUUACUUGGAAGAACUUGUGACAAAACCCAGCGGGAGUUCACCUCUACUUCAAACAGCCUGAGCAUUGUCUACUUCAACGCAGGCAGCAGCAGUGCAUCAGGGAUGCAAUUCGAAGCGUCAUACUACGUAAUCUUCAGAAAGAACUUAAAUGUAUCACUUUCAUGCUUCUCAGAUUACAUGACAGCAAGAAUUCCCUUCUGGUAUCUCCAGUCUGUAGGUUACAGCUCUAAUGACACAUUGUCCCUUAAUGACCCACAGUGCCAUCCUCAUGUUAUUUAUGACACAUAUGAAUUCUACAUCCCCUAUAAUGCAUGUCUCACAAGGAAGCAGGUGGAAAGUGAUACAAUCAGCUAUACAAAUACACUAUAUAUUUACCCUAGUGAUCAAGUGAUCACCUACCGCAAAAGAUUACGUCUAACUCUUCAGUGUAAGAUGUACCAAGACACCAUAGUGGAUUCUGUAUACCAUGCAGAUGACAGCUAUACCAAUACAUUAAUCCAGUAUGGUCUUUACCAAGCUAACUUGACUUUCUACCAGACUUCACGUUUUAUAAGUCCAGUCUCCAAUUAUCCUUAUUAUGUGCAACUCAACCAGAAUUUGUACCUCCAAGCAACACUGCUGACUCCAGAUCCCGACCUGUCCUUGUUUGUAGAAACAUGUGUGGCAUAUCCUGGCUGGUGGGAGCACGCAACUGGUUACUACAUAGUACAAAAUGGGUGCGGUAAAGCCUCUGGUUACGUAACAUACUCUUCCCCUUAUCCAAAUAUGGUUCGCUUUGGAUUCAAGGCCUUUGGUUUCAUGCAGCCAAAUUCUGGUGUGUAUCUGCACUGUAAACUGGUUAUAUGCAACCGAUUUAAUUUCUCCUCACGCUGUCGCCAAGGCUGCAUCCGAAGGAACAAGAGAGCAGCAGAACAAUCCCACCAGGAAGUUGAAGUUGUAGUGGGCCCCCUCAAGCUUCAAUAAUCUGACAUGAUGCAUUCAGUUAUCUCCUGAGAACAUUAUGCUUUCCCUACUCUUCGGCCUUUGUAGCCCUUCUCCUAAUAUCUUUUUAUGUAGCCAAAUUAUUACAUUAGACCAGUAAGACAAUUAAAGGUUUACUGCAUUCAUGGGUGUAAUUCAGGAGGGUGAUUGCCUGUCUCCCCACCCAACUUUGCUGCCCUAGGUCUAGGCCUAGUACACACUUGACUUGAUUAACAUAUGUUCUAUACCAGAUUUACUAAAAAGAGAAGUUCUAUAAAACAUUUCCAUUAUUAAAAGACAGUUUGUGAAUGUUUAAAAAAGCAAGAUAUUAAGAUCCAACAUUUAAAACAGUGUUUCUCAACCGCGGUCCGCAAGUACUUCCAACAGGCCAGGUUUUCAUUAUAGCUGAACUAGAGCACAGGUGAAAUAAUCAGCUGAUGGGUGAGAGCAGGUUAGUAACCAUGGGAACGAUCAGCUGAUUAUUUCACCUGUACUUCAGCUAUAAUGAAAAACCUGGCCUGUUGGGGGAUACUUGAGGACUGUGGUUGAGAAACACUUAUUUAAAAGAUACAAAACCCAAAUGGCUAAGAAAGAAAGCUCAGAAUCAGUCACUUUAAUAUAGAAAUGUCUCAACAUAACAUAAUAUUGAUCGACCAGCUAAGGUCAUUUUCCCAUAUUCUAUCAGAAUGUGAGCUUGAGGGUGAUUUCUAUACUGCAAAACAAGGUAGCAAAUGUAACUCCUGCAAAAGCUUAGCAUAUAGAGAAGCUGUACUGUGCUAUGUAUUAUGCUAUAUCCUGCUAUGUUGUUGAAAUAAAUAAAAUAGUUUAUUACA